AUGCUGUCCAAUCCAACCAACGCCCUUCAUAGCCGACAACGACAACAUAGACGCCAACAAUCAACGCCAACAGCUUUUGAUUCUGUGAAGAUAUCAGAUCUGCCGAAUAUCCAAAGAAAUCAUGGCCACCGACGUGGAAUGAGCUUGGAUCAAAGACGACGACAAACACCUCCACAGGACCGAUUGGUAUGUUCUAUAAAUCCAGGAUUUACAACACCACAGCAUUUAUUGCGAGAGACGCAGCAGCAGAGACUGGUACGCCCGGGCGUUCCAAACGUUCAAUUUGGGGAUGACCACAAUUACCUCAAUUCACCAGUUGUCACUCCUCACAGACACCCUACUGAUCCUAGUUUCCUUCAUCAGUAUGGAGAAAAUUUGCACGAAGCUGCAUAUUUCGGGACUAUCCACCCGCAGAUCGACUUCACCCCUAAUGAAUACCAUUCAAAUACCGACUUUUAUCCCUUUUCACAGGAUUCAUCUCUAGCACCGUCGCCCUCAUAUCUAGAGUUAUCUUCAAGCUUUGGCAACGGUAACAACAACCAUAACUUGGAAAAUGAGACUUACAGUAGACGAAGCUCGGUGAGCCGACGAAUAAGUGAUGGGAUCCUUCACCAAGUUUCCCAGUUCGAAAACUUGGCUCUGCUAUCACCACAGAGACCCUUAACGCCAUCUAACCACAAUAUACCGGGCUAUUACCCGCCUACCCCAACUGAUACUCCACGUACCCAUAUGAUGAAGCAGAGCUACAUGAAUGCCAGAUUCAUGGAUGGCUUUGACACAUCAAUGGAGGAGACCAUCAAACCCAGCGUCUCCCAGAGAUCACGUGGAAUAUUUGAUGACAUGAGAAAUGAAAUCGAAAUGAAACAAAAUGCGAAUCAACCCCAAUCUGGGCCUGUCAUCGAGAAGAGCUCGCUCCAGUCGACACAGGCUCCGAUUCCUACGGAAAACAAUGUUAGCCUCACCUCUCUCAAUUCAGAUUUGAAAACCAAUGAUCAGUUUUGCCAUGGAUCAAAUAUCUCUUCAAACUCAACGAAUAUCUCACCAAUUCUUACCGGAUAUCUUUCUUCUCCUGAAGAAGCACAGAAUUCAUAUCAAACAGUACGAGAAACUGAUUCGAGCAUUAAAACAUGUACAGGACCCCCAGCGCAAUCUUCCUCUCAAUCAAUACAAUCGCGAAGGAAAUCCGCUCAUCGUAAGUCCCAGUCUUCCUCAACACUCAAUAUCGAAGAAGCGAUUACGGAAACUGGCGUCACAAUCGACGAUAUAACUAGAUUUAUAUCUGGACCCGAUCCCCUUGACGGUGGUAAAUGGUUGUGCAUGUACCCCGAAUGUAAUAAGCGUUUUGGAAGGAAAGAAAAUAUCAAAUCCCACGUGCAGACUCAUCUUGGCGACCGUCAGUUCCAAUGUCCAUAUUGCAAGAAAUGCUUUGUUAGACAACAUGAUCUCAAGAGACACGCUAAAAUUCACAGUGGUGUGAAACCAUAUCCUUGCCAGUGUGGAAAUAGCUUUGCGCGCCACGAUGCCCUUACGCGUCACAGACAGAGGGGCAUGUGUAUAGGAGCCUUCGAGGGUGUGGUCAAGAAAGUUGCAAAACGCGGCCGGCCUCGGAAGUACCGCCCGAAUGAUGAUGAAAGACUGGAAAAAUCAGCACGUACACUGAGGAAGAAUCACCUAACAUCUGGAGCUUCAUCCACAUCUGGAUGUUCUGAAAGUGGAGAUGCCCCCUCACCACGUAGUGACUUGGAUGAAAUGCCGGAUAAUAAAACUUACGCUGAUUUUGAGUACUACCAAGCUCCACUGUCGAUCCAAACUUCGAGUUUCCACUACCAACCAACCCGAACGUCUGAAACCUGUUCCUACGGCUCCUCCGCGUUCCUCGAAGCAUCCACUUCUAAAAGACCAGUGAGCACGCAGGGAUCGUACCCUGAAAUAAGCUUAGAAAGUUCGAACGUCCUAAAUCCUCAUCCGCGGAGCAAACAUUUAACCAAUACUAAUAACUUUCCCUCUUCGCCGAUGAUGUGCGAAUCUAAGUCAAGCCCCAGAUCCAGCCACAAAUACUUUUCAAUGGAACUAGGCCCCUCAAGCGACGUAGAUUUUCCAUUGAGUGCUUCUGAAAUGUCAGCACUAUCAGGCUCCGGAGAUGACUUGUUUUUUGAAGCUUUCACGGGUCCCGAAGAGAGCUCUAGAAUCCUUGAUCUUCACUGUGAACAAGAUUUAUCCAUUGGAAAACGAAAUAGUCUUUUCAGCCAUGCGACCAAUGACUUCUUUCCCAUCUCUUCAAACGUGUACUUCGGCAGUAGUUAA